AUGUGGCUGCAGCAGCGGCUGAAGGGGCUGCCGGGCCUGCUGUCGAGCAGCUGGGCGAGGCGGCUGCUGGCGCUGCUGGGCUUCGUGCUGGUGGCCUCCUGGUACCUCGGCGGGGCCUGGCUGCGGCUGCUGCCCUGGAGGGCCGGGCGGGCGGCGGGGGGCGCGGCGGGCCUGUGCCUGCAGGCCGAGACGCGCGCCUGGCAGGCCUUGGCCGAGAAGGGCGAGGCCCGCCUGCUGCAGCUGCCCGCCGGGCCUGGCGACGCAGGGGCCCCUCUGGCCCUCGUGGGCAACGGCCACUUGCUGCUGGACCUGGCUGCCAACCAGCUCUGGGUGGCCCCUGCGGCGGGCAAAGGCCCGGCAGCCUCCCCGGCCCACAGCACCGAGUACCCGGCCUUGGCUCAGCUGCGGGCUCCGGCCACCGCCCUGGCUGACGCAGGUGCCGCCGUGGCCAUGCUGAAGGACGGUGCCGUCCACAGGGUGCGCUGCGUCCACACGGCGGCCAACGAUGGGGAGUGCGUGGCUGUGCGGGAGGAGGUGUUGGCCCACCGGGGGCGGCCGCACCUGUACCUGCAGCGCCUGGCCAUCGCCAACCCCACCGAGCGCCAGGUGGCCUUCGAGGUGUCCGGCCCGCUCUCGGCACCCUCCCUGACCCUCGGCGGUGGCGGUGCGGCCGGGGCCGGUGGCAAGUUUGUCACCACUUUGGAGAAAGUGGGGGACCGGCAGUUCCUGCUCUCCUCGGGCCGUGUGCUCCAGCCGGACAGUGCCAAGGUGGUGCUGGUGGUGGUGGCCGCCAAGAAGCUGGUCAGCCGGGUGCAGGUGGCGCCCAAGUCCCAGUUCGAUGAGACGUUGGUGUCUGUGGUGCACGCCUCGGAGCCCAUUGAUGCCUCCCGCCUGGACGACACCUUCAGCAAGCUACGGGAGGCGGCCAAAAGAGAGAUGCUGGAGGUCCUGAGGAUGAGGGUGGAAGACCUACUACAGGAACACCGGAAGGCCUGGGCAGACCUGUUCAUCUCAGGGGUAGAAAUGAGGAAGAUCACCGAUGCUCACACCCCUUCCAGCAAGACCGUCAACAUGACCCUGUAUUAUGUCCUUUCUACUACCCCGGCCCCCUUGCUGGAUCCUCUCAUCAGCAGCGAGGAAAAGGAGAAAAUGGAAGCCACGCUGAACUAUGCUGACCACUGCUUCAGCGGCCACGCCACAAUGCAUGCAGAAAACCUGUGGCCAGCACACUUGCUGAGCGUGCCUCAGGUCCUGCAGCUCUCAGAUUUGUGGAAGCUGACCCUCCAGAAGCGGGGCUGCAAGGGCCUUUUGGUGGCCGGAGCCCACGGCCUCAUGCAAGGGAUGGUGCUCAGCUUCGGCGGGCUGCAGUUCACAGAGAACCACCUCCAAUUUCAAGCCGAUCCAGAGGUGCUGCACAACAGCUACUCCUUGCGUGGGAUUCAUUACAACAAGGACUUGAUCAACUUGGCUGUUCUGCUGGAUGCGGAAGGGAAACCCUUCUUGCACGUCUCUGUGAAAUUCCAGGAGAAACCAGUCCAGCUGUACGCCUGCGAGGGGGGCUGCUCGAACGAGCCUGUCGAGCUCACUUCUGAGCCGCGGGGCCACACGUUCCCCGUUAUGGUGACGCAGCCCAUCACGCCGCUGCUCUACAUCUCGACAGACUUGGUCCACCUGCAGGACCUGAGGCACACGCUACACCUGAAGGCGAUCCUGGCGCACGAAGAGCACAUGGCGAAGCAGUAUCCCGGCUUGCCUUUCCUCUUCUGGUUCAGCGUGGCUUCCCUCAUCACUCUCUUCCACUUGUUCCUCUUCAAACUCAUUUACAAUGAGUACUGCGGGCCAGGGGCUAAGCCGCUGUUCCGAAGCAAGGUGUGAAGGCAGCCAUGUCUGGGUGCAGCUGCAGGAGGCUCUGCCAAUGGAGUAAUUUUCUUGGGCUUCUGAUCCUAGGCUCCGCAGCCUGUGAAAGUAGGCGGCCCAAGUCAGGGGUUCGAAUGUCCUUUGGACAGGCUCUUUGUGUGUGUGUGUGUGUGUGUGCGUAUGAAGGAAUAGCAGCCCACAUUCAGGGUUUUUGGGUUUUUUUUUUUUUAAAGCUUGCUCUGGUACAAAAUUACAUUUGAGGGUGGGGUGCACUUUUAGCACAGCUUCUAUUUUUGGGGACCACAGUUGCCUCCAGAAUGCUUUACUGCAGGGAAGUAGUGUGCCGCUGAAUGUCCAAAGGCUUUGGCUUAGCAAGUACCAGGAGGGAAUCGGUUGAAAUAAGUGCAAAACUAGUGUGAAGAUCACAGAAUGAACCUAAAAGCGGGUGGGGGAGCUUGGGGAAUUGCUCUUUACAGACUGACUUCCAGGGGCUCUGGGUUUUUGCUGCCUCUCCCAGUGGCAGAAAGUAUUGCGAUGGAUUGUUAUUAGGCUGUGUUGAGUGUAGAAUUCAUGGCGCUGAGGAACUUUUAAGGCAAAGGAGACCAAGGAACAGCCUUGCUCCUGUCUCCAGCGCGUUCUAGGCCUGGAGGACAGUUGUUGAUCCUUCCUCCUACUCCUUUCCUUGGCAAGAUCAAAUGUUGAAUGGCGAUAGUUCUCGUAGACUCACAAGAUAAGCAGAGAAGGCAGCCAAGGGACAGUAAGGCCUUGACUUCCAAGUUUCCCUUUUUUUUCUGGAGGUGAACAGGGAGGGUAGCAGCUGAAAUGCAGAGAAACUGCAGUCCAGUUGUGUUCCUAGUUGAAGUUUGCACACCCACCAAGCAUUAUCAAGUGAUAAGGUGAGGAGGUGUCGCGCCGUUGAAUAUUAGCAGCUGUUUGCAAAGUUGAAUGUUCUCUGUUGGCUCCGAAAAUGAGAUUCUGGUGUAAAAGGCAGGGAAGGAAGCUGGCAGAACUGGCUUCCGUUAGAGCAAAGAAACCCACAACCUCUUUCCAACGAUCACUUUUAUUUAUUUAUUUUUCUUCAAAUGCAACGGUGAGAGAAGGGGCUAGACAGGUCCCAUUGUAGAGCGUGCAUACUACUGGAACCAUGGAACUCCGAUUCAUCGUAUUGAUUUCUUCCUCUGUGGUGUGUGUGUUUAUCUCUUUUUAAGAUCUAAGGUUUCCAUGAUGGCCUUUUUCUUUUUUGAACCAUGCCCUUGUUAAAAAAAGCAGUUAGUAUGACCACCAUUCCCUCAUGGCAUCAUAUUGAAAGCUGCCCAGAUAAAUAGCGACUAGUAACGGAGAGCCAGUUACCAUCACAGUAGUAUUACAUAGUUGUCCCUUGAUACUUAGCAGUCAUUUCCAUGGAAAGAGGAGAAGGCGAAUAAGGGGCUGCUGCUUUUGACAGUAGCCACGCUUCCUAUAUCACGGAGCUGCACAACUCUAUGAGAACCAUCCGCUUUUCUCAGUAUUUUAGCCAAGGAGAGAGCAAAACAAUUAACACGUAGCUCCCGAGUACAGAAGUGGUUAGGAGCUGCCAUGUGGGUGCACAUGUCCUUUAAAGAUAGCACAGUUAAAAAGACUCCCCUGAAAGUCCUAUGAAAUGUCUUGGAAUUGCAAGUGAGAUGAACAGUGUGGAAUAAAAGCCUUGGGCUGUUAGCUGGCCUGAAGGAUGUCCGAGGCAGGAAGAGCAAAGGUCCUUCUCAAGCAACCUGCCCUUUGUGCCUUGUGGAGGAGGAAACAGGAACUGGUGGGAGUUCUUCACAAUUUCUUUUUUUUUUUAACCUCUUCUCUCCUGAGGUGUGUUGGCUUCCAUAACAUGUACUCCCUUUAGCGGAGAAUACUUGAAAAUCACGCUGUCUCUUUCCCUGCUUAAUUUUAUAGGAAAACAAGCCACCACCCCCUUUUUUUGUCUUCACCUGAGUGACACAGUUUUGUUCUCCCCCUCUGCUUCUAAUUGUAUGUUGUUUCAUUUAUCUGUGUGCAUUUUAAUUUAUUGUCAGUGGAUUGGGGAUGUUGAAUCACUGUGACUUUGAGAGUGAAUAACAGCCAAUUAAGAAUGUAUAUAUUUAUCUCUCACGUGUUAAAUCCAGUGCCGCAAAUGGGUUUCUCAGCCUUUUGUGAACAACUCGUACACAGUAAUCAACUUUAAUUGAAGGGGUGUGCAUAGGUGAGCCAUUGAUUUUUUUGUUCCAAAUGUGUUGCAAUGUCCUGUUUCUAAAUUUGGGGUUGUGGGGCGAGACACAGACUUCCUGAUGAUUUGAACAUUGAUUGUUUGUUUGAUUUUACAAAUACCAAAGGUUUUGUUUUUUAAGGAAAUAAAUACUGUUCAAGUCUACA